AUGGAGGCACUGCCGCGGGAGCGAGUGAGCGCGCGCCCCGGAGACCCCUCCCCCUGCGCCGCCGCCCGAGCUCCGCCCGUCGCCAAGCCGCCCCCUCCGAGGCUGCAGCGAGAGCUCGCCGAGCUCUGCAGACGCCGCCGCCUUUGCUGCCUCGGAGCGCUCUGCUUGGCAAAGCCAGGUCUCCCGCCCGCGCGGCGUCGCGACAGGUGCAGAGUCCAGGCUGAGGACCCACCUGCGGCCACCGCCGCUGCAAUGCCCACCAUGCGGAGGACAGUGUCCGAGAUUCGCUCGCGCGCCGAGGGUUAUGAGAAGACUGAUGAUGUUUCAGAGAAGACUUCACUAGCCGACCAGGAGGAAGUGAGGACUAUAUUCAUCAACCAGCCCCAGCGGACAAAAUUCUGCAAUAACCAUGUCAGCACUGCAAAAUACAACAUAAUCACAUUCCUUCCUCGAUUUCUGUACUCUCAGUUCAGAAGAGCUGCUAAUUCAUUUUUUCUCUUUAUUGCGCUGCUUCAGCAAAUACCUGAUGUAUCACCUACAGGUCGUUACACAACACUGGUUCCUCUCUUAUUUAUUUUAGCUGUGGCAGCUAUCAAAGAGAUAAUAGAAGAUAUUAAACGACAUAAAGCUGAUAAUGCAGUCAACAAGAAACAGACACAAGUUUUGAGAAAUGGUGCUUGGGAAAUUGUUCACUGGGAAAAGGUAAAUGUUGGAGAUAUAGUUAUAAUAAAAGGCAAAGAGUAUAUACCUGCUGACACUGUACUUCUCUCAUCAAGUGAGCCCCAGGCCAUGUGUUACAUUGAAACAUCCAACUUAGAUGGAGAAACAAACCUGAAAAUUAGACAGGGCUUACCAGCAACGUCAGAUAUAAAAGACAUUGACAGUUUGAUGAGAAUUUCUGGCAAAGUCGAGUGUGAAAGUCCAAACAGACAUCUCUACGAUUUUGUUGGAAACAUAAAGCUUGAUGGACAGAGCACUGUUCCCCUGGGAGCAGAUCAGAUUCUUCUGCGAGGAGCUCAGCUGAGAAAUACACAGUGGGUCCAUGGAAUAGUUGUCUACACUGGACAUGACACCAAGCUGAUGCAGAAUUCAACAAGUCCACCACUUAAGCUGUCAAAUGUGGAACGGAUUACAAAUGUACAGAUUUUGAUUUUAUUUGGUAUCUUAAUUGCCAUGUCUCUUAUCUGUUCUGUGGGCUCAGCCAUUUGGAAUCGAAGGCAUUCUGGAAAGGACUGGUAUCUCAAUCUAAACUAUGGUGGCGCUAGUAAUUUUGGAUUGAAUUUCUUGACCUUCAUCAUCCUUUUCAACAAUCUCAUUCCUAUCAGCUUGUUGGUUACAUUAGAAGUGGUGAAAUUUACCCAGGCAUACUUCAUAAAUUGGGAUCUCGACAUGCACUAUGAACCCACAGACACUGCUGCUAUGGCUCGGACAUCUAAUCUGAAUGAGGAACUUGGCCAGGUUAAAUACAUCUUUUCUGACAAAACUGGUACUCUGACCUGCAAUGUAAUGCAGUUUAAGAAGUGCACCAUUGCAGGAGUUGCAUAUGGCUGGGGCAAGAAGAAAGAUAUGAAUUACUCAAUGUCCUGGAGUUCACCAGGUAAAACCAGCUUUAAUCUUCAGCUACUUGGAGCUACAGCCAUUGAAGAUAGAUUACAAGAUCAAGUGCCUGAAACUAUAGAAACUCUAAUGAAAGCAGAUAUCAAAAUCUGGAUCCUUACAGGAGACAAGCAAGAAACUGCCAUUAACAUUGGACACUCGUGCAAACUUUUGAAGAAGAACAUGGGAAUGAUUGUUAUAAAUGAAGGCUCUCUUGAUGGGACAAGGGAAACUCUCAGUCAUCACUGCACCACCCUUGGUGAUGCUCUUCAGAAAGAGAAUGAUUUUGCUCUUAUAAUUGAUGGGAAAACUCUCAAGUAUGCCUUAACCUUCGGAGUACGACAGUAUUUCCUGGACUUAGCUUUGUCAUGCAAAGCUGUCAUUUGCUGCAGGUCAGAGUUCACAGAGCUAGUUUAUCGCCAAUGGUUCUCAUGGAUUUUUGUUUUCCCUCAGGUUUUCUGGGUUCAUUGUUUAAAUGGCCUCUUCCACUCAGUUAUUCUGUUUUGGUUUCCACUAAAAGCCCUUCAGUAUGGUACUGCAUUUGGAAAUGGGAAAACCUCUGAUUAUCUGCUGCUGGGAAACUUUGUUUACACUUUUGUGGUGAUAACUGUGUGUUUGAAAGCUGGCUUAGAAACAUCAUAUUGGACAUGGUUCAGCCACAUUGCAAUAUGGGGCAGCAUUGCACUCUGGGUGGUGUUUUUUGGAAUCUAUUCAUCUCUGUGGCCUGCUGUUCCAAUGGCCCCUGAUAUGUCCGGAGAGGCAGCCAUGUUGUUUAGCUCCGGCGUCUUUUGGAUGGGCCUGUUAUUUAUCCCUGUGGCAUCUUUGCUUCUUGAUGUGGUAUACAAGGUUAUCAAGAGGACUGCUUUUAAAACAUUAGUAGAUGAAGUUCAGGAGCUGGAGGCAAAAUCUCAAGACCCAGGAGCAGUUGUGCUUGGAAAAAGCCUCACUGAGAGGGCGCAACUGCUCAAGAACGUCUUUAAGAAGAACCACGUGAAUUUGUACCGGUCUGAAUCAUUGCAACAAAACCUUCUCCAUGGGUACGCUUUCUCUCAAGAUGAAAAUGGAAUCGUUUCACAGUCCGAAGUGAUUAGAGCAUAUGAUACCACAAAACAGAGGCCCGAUGAAUGGUGAUAGGGAGUGGCUGAGAAGCAGGCUCUGCUACAUCCCUAAGGCUAGCUUCCGGGUUUUCACUGGAAUCUGCUGACCAAGUCAAGUCUGGUUCAUGGAGGGCAAAGGUGGAUCUGAGCUCAUCUUGACUGAUAUUCAGAUUCGUGUAUAUUAUAGACAUAAGCACUGUGCAACUCUACUGUAACACCAUCUCUUUCAGAUUUUUAACAGUAUUUGCUAAGUCUUUGUGAACAGAAAUUGAAAAUGGCGUUGUGUCUUGCCAGAGUGCUUUCUCUUCUUAAGUUGAGGCUAGGUCAGUAUUCUUACUCUGGGGCUGUAACUGACCAUCAGUUUAUUGGGCAUACCAUAAGGUAGGGAACCAUUAAAAAAAAAAAAAAAACAAACUCAAAUGGUAUUAA